UGUUCUUCUCCUUGUCCAAACUCCUCUCUGCUUCAUUCUCAUACCACAAAUCUCUUGAGCACAAACACACUCUAUACAAGAAAAGAAUAAAAAUAAAUAAAUGAAGAUUGGGGUUUUGAUUUGAAAUAAUAAAAUCAAAAUCUCCAUUAAUGGCUUCUUCUUUACCCCUACCAGAGCUCACUUUCAUCUCUCCACAAUCCAGAACUCGGAAACAUCACCACCACCUACUUCCUCUCUCUAGACACUCUCUUUCUAAACUAAAUGUUUCUAGUAAAAAACUUAAAUUCAAUAUUCCUCUUCGGACUCCAGUGGUUCGAGCUUUGAGUGAGGAUACUGCAGUGAUCGAUGAGAGAGAGCGAGAAAUUUUGAAAGAACUGAAUGGAAAUGGGAACGGAAGAGUGAAUGGAUCAGUGGAGAGGUAUGUAAAUGGUAGAGUUGUGAGUGUGGAGGAGGGAGAGAGUAGUAGUAAUGGGAGUUUGAUGAAGUAUGCGAGUGGAAAUGGUGUGGCAGCCACGGCGACGGCGAAGAUUGUGGGGGAGGAGGAAAAGGAAGGGUUGAAGGAGGAUGGAAGGAAGAAGAGGAUAGAGGAAAUUGGGAAAGAAGAGGCUUGGUUUAAGCGUGCUGGUCAACAAGUUGAGGUUUCUGUUGCACCUGGAGGGCGUUGGAGUAGAUUCAAGACCUACUCAACAAUACAAAGGACUUUGGAAAUAUGGGGAUUUGUUUUAACAUUUAUCUUCAAGGCUUGGCUGAACAGCCAAAAAUUCUCUUAUCGAGGAGGAAUGACAGAGGAGAAAAAAGUUGCAAGGAGGAAGGCCCUUGCCAAGUGGUUAAAGGAAAGCAUAUUAAGAUUAGGUCCAACAUUCAUAAAAAUUGGUCAGCAGUUCUCUACAAGAGUGGAUAUUCUUGCUCAAGAAUAUGUUGAUCAAUUGUCUGAGCUUCAGGAUCAAGUUCCUCCAUUUCCAUCAGAGACUGCUGUUUCUAUUGUUGAGGAAGAGCUUGGAGCUCCAGUGGAUGAUAUCUUUGAUCAAUUUGACUACGAACCCAUAGCUGCCGCAAGUCUUGGUCAAGUUCACCGUGCAAGAUUGAAAGGACAGGAAGUUGUGAUUAAAGUUCAAAGACCUGGUCUCAAGGAUCUUUUUGAUAUUGACCUAAAAAACCUGAGGGUAAUAGCUGAAUAUCUUCAAAAGAUUGACCCAAAGUCAGAUGGUGCAAAGAGGGACUGGGUUGCAAUAUAUGAUGAAUGUGCAAGUGUCUUGUAUCAGGAGAUUGAUUAUACUAAGGAAGCUGCUAAUGCAGAACUGUUUGCAAGUAAUUUCAAGAAGAUGGAAUAUGUAAAAGUCCCAACAAUAAAUUGGGAAUACACCACUCCACAGAUUCUGACAAUGGAGUAUGUCCCAGGGAUCAAAAUAAACAAAAUUCAAGCUUUAGAUCAAUUGGGUGUUGAUCGCAAAAGAUUGGGUCGAUAUGCGGUUGAAUCUUAUUUGGAACAAAUUCUAUCUCAUGGAUUCUUCCAUGCCGACCCUCAUCCAGGAAAUAUUGCUGUUGAUGAUGUCAAUGGGGGAAGGUUGAUCUUUUAUGAUUUUGGAAUGAUGGGAAGUAUCAGUCCAAACAUUCGAGAAGGGUUGCUGGAAACAUUCUACGGAGUUUAUGAAAAGGAUCCAGAUAAGGUCCUUGAGGCAAUGGUACAAAUGGGUGUCCUUGUGCCUACUGGAGACAUGACAGCUGUCAGACGAACUGCACAAUUCUUCCUCAACAGUUUUGAAGAGCGUCUUGCUGCUCAAAGAAGAGAGAGAGAAAUGGCAACAACAGAACUUGGAUUUAAAAAACAAUUGACCAAGGAGGAAAAGAUGGAGAAAAGGAAGCAACGUCUGGCUGCAAUAGGGGAAGAUUUAUUAUCCAUUGCAGCAGAUCAACCUUUCCGUUUUCCUGCCACUUUCACAUUUGUUGUGAGAGCAUUUUCAGUAUUGGAUGGCAUUGGGAAAGGCCUUGACCCUCGGUUUGAUAUUACUGAGAUUGCCAAACCCUAUGCACUCGAGCUGCUAAGAUUUCGUGAAGCUGGAGUUGAAGUUCUCUUGAAGGACUUCAGAAAGAGGUGGGACAGGCAGUCUCGUGCAUUCCACAACUUAUUUAGACAGGCUGAUAGAGUUCAAAAGCUUGCUGAAACUAUCCAACGAUUGGAGCAAGGUGAUUUGAAGCUUCGAGUUCGAACUCUGGAGGCUGAGAGGGCAUUCCAGCGUGUUGCAGCUGUUCAGAAGACAGUAGGGAGUGCUGUAGCUGCUGGAAGUCUAAUUAACCUUGCAACGAUUUUAUUUCUCAACUCCAUUCGAGUACCAGCCACUGCAGCAUCCAUCCUUUGUGCAUUUUUCAGUUUCCAAGUUCUCUUUGGCAUUAUAAAGGUGAAAAGUUUAGAUCAACAGGAAAGGUUGAUAACAGGAACUGCUUAACCUAAUGAAACAGCCUGAACAGAUCGUUAUGGUACUUACCCAAGUGCUUUAACAAGUGAAAUCUGCUUUUUUGAGCAAACUGUUCAGGAAUAAAGCAUCGAACACCAUGUGGAAUUACCAUAAAACAGAGAUGGUCAAAGUGACUUGCAAGGGAUUAUCUGCAGUGAGCUGUGUGUUUUCGUAUAUGAUGUUCCGCACAAACAUUCAGCUGCAAUAGAGUUGAGCGGAGGACAGGAAGAUUGUCUAUUCAGCUAAGAGACUACAUAUAGAUUACACCAAAUACCAGUUGCACAUGGUUCUUAAUCUCAAUUUCAUUCACCUCUCUGUGUCUGUAGUUCUCCAGCUAUGUACAUAUAAUCAGUUAUUCUUGGAAAUUUAAUAUCACACUCAAUGUAGGUGGUGGAACGUGAUAAUUAAUUCUUAUUAUGAUAGAAAUUGCCAAUAAAAGCUGACUGACAAAGACCUUAAGAAUGCGAA